AUGAGAGCUACUCUUUUAUUUAGUCUUAUUUAUAAAGUUAAGCAGAAACAGAAGGCUGUGCUGCUGUCAAAAAGCUCAGCAGCAGCGCCGAACCCGCAGGAACGGCAGCACAGCAGCAGCACAGCAGCAGCACAGCUCCAGCAGCAGCAGCAGCGACACACCAGCAGCAGCAGCAGCAGCGACACACCAGCCGCAGCAACAGUAGCUGCAGAAAGGUACACAACAAGCGUGGCCGUAACAGCAGCAGCAGCCAGCAAAGCAUCAGCAGCACCAGGCAACGCAGCAGCAGCAGCAGCGGCAGCAGCAGCAGCAGCAGCAGCAGCACACAGAGAUGAUGCAGUGGACGCAAUUGGGCAUCUGAAGCUCAGCAGCACAGCAGCUUGUUAG